UCGGGAUACAAACUACACUUCAGCCUGCAGCAGGGUUCAGUUUGGGUCAACAACAGGUCGAGGAUCGUGAAGAGCGAUUAUAUCACAGCUAAUGGAGUCAUUCACCACAUCGACGCCCUGUUGACGCCCUACAGGCUGCAGGACAAACCAAGCAUCCAUGUUUCGACAAUGAACUUCAGUUCAGCUGCUGUGUUUUAUGGCUACAGCCGCUUCUACAAACUCGUGGAGGAUGCAGGGUUACUCCCAGUGCUCCAGUUGUUCAUCCACCAGCCAUUCACCAUGUUCUGGCCCACAGACGUGGCCCUCAACUCCCUGCCACCUGAACGACAGCGCUGGCUCUCCAGCCCCGACCACCAAGACCAACUGGCUGCCAUUGUGAAGGCUCACAUCAUACGCAACUCCAAGGUGAUGGGUGUCAGUCAGCCGGAUAAAUACUCCUCCUUCCGCACCAUGCAUGGAUCCACCAUCAAAUACAGCUGUGACAAGACCCUGGUGGGGGCUGUAUUGAUUAAUGAUAAUGCAGCCAGGUUAGUGGAACGCUACCUGACGUUCAAGGAGGGCUUGGCCUAUGGCAUCGACCAACUGCUGGAGCCACCUGGCCUGGGAGCACACUGUGACACCCUGGAGAACCGAACCACUUAUGGACGCUGUGGUGGCUGCAUCUUCCCUCCUACCUGCCCAUUGAGACACCAUGACACAGGAAAGAAGGAGAGUUGCUUGAACUCUUACUCCAGGUAUAGGCACGGCUACCCACCUUGGUAUUCUACCCUGGAUGAUCAUUUCAGCCAUCGGAUGGGCUGUAAGAGAGUUUGUCUGUUUUCGUCCUGGGUCCAGAAGUGCUGCAAAAACCACUAUGGCCGAGACUGUCAAGUUUGCCCAGGUGGUGUGGAGGCCCCUUGUGGACACAAUGGUGAAUGCGAUGAUGAUGUGCGCGGUUCAGGAAGAUGUAGAUGCCGCGAAGGCUUCAGAGGACAAGCCUGCGAACUGUGUGUCACAGGCCACUACGGCCCCAACUGCACAGUCUGCAGCUGUGGGAAGCAGGGAAGGUGUGAUGAGGGCAUUGAAGGCUCUGGACAGUGUGUCUGUAAGCUGGGCUGGGAGGGCGAUCGCUGCCAAAACGAAAUAGGCCUGAUCCCAGAGGAGUGCCGGCAGUGCCACGAUCAGGCUGACUGUGUGCCAGGUGUUGGCUGUCAGUGUAAAUCUGGGUUUCAGGGGAACGGCACCUUCUGCAGUCCAGAGCCACCUCCAGAUCUCUGCUCUGAGUAUAACGGUGGCUGUCACCAGAACGCAGACUGUAACCAGACGGGGCUGCUCGUCAACUGCACCUGUCACAGCAAUUACCAAGGAGAUGGCUACUCCUGCGAGCCCAUUAACAGGUGUGUUGAAGAGCCGAACGGUGGCUGCAGUGACUUUGCCUCCUGCAAGUUCACUGGUCCAAACGAGCGUGAGUGUGCGUGCCUGCCGGGGUAUCUGGGUAAUGGAGUCCAGUGUCUGGAGAAGUUGGUGCCCCCUGUUGACCGCUGCCUGGAAGACAACGGAGGAUGUGACCCUGCGGCUGUCUGCAAGGACCUGCAUUACCAUGCCAACACAGCCGGAGUUUUCCACCUGCGCUCUCUGGAGGGGAAGUACAAGAUGAACUUCAGUCAGGCUGCCGCCGCCUGCAAGGCUGAGGAUGCCACGCUGGCCAACUUUAAACAGCUGGGAGACGCACAGCAGCUGGGGAUGCAUCUGUGCGUGGCCGGCUGGAUGGAGGGGGGGAAGGUGGGAUACCCGACUCGCUUCCCCUCGGUCAAGUGUGGAGACAACCACGUGGGCCUGGUUAUCUACAAAGAACCUGUGGACCAGAGCAGCAAGUACGAUGCCUACUGCUACAGGGUCAAAGAUGUUUCAUGUGUGUGUCCUGCUGAUUACGUUGGAAACGGAGACUUCUGUAAUGGCGUCCUGACCAGUGUCCUCGCAACGUACAGUAACUUCUCUAUCUUUUACAAGUUGUUGUUGGACUAUAGCGGCUCGACCACUGAGGGCAGACAGCUCGUUGACUUUCUGUCUCACGGGAAGUCUGACGUCACCCUGUUUGUUCCUCACAACUCUGGCUUCGCCCAAAACCAGACUCUGUCUGGUAGAGAUCUGGAGUAUCACAUCUCAGCUAAUAACGGCAGACGAUCGUUCAAGGAUCUGAGACAUCAGGAUUUCAUCAUAUCCAGGCUUGGGUUCAACCUGACUGUUACUGAAGGCAAAAACGAGAGCUAUAAGCUGGUGAACAAGCAGCUGCUGUUGGAUUGGGACAUUCCUGCUGUAAAUGGGAUCAUCCAUGUCCUCGAGGCCCCGCUGACCGCACCACACCUACCUAGCUCCCAUGAUGCAUCCCGUGGCCACACCCACUCAAGUGGCACAGUUUCGGCCAUCUUGGUGUCUGUGUUGCUGGUGUGUGUGUUGGCUGCACUCGGCUACUACGUGUUCAAAACCAAGACAGACGCCUUCCGCUUCCACUACUUCAGAAAUGAGGACGGGGACGGUGCUGCAGGCGGCAGGUCGAAGCCCACCCUGGUGUCCAUCCCGAACCCUCUGUACAGCGGCUCCAGAGUCUUCUCCGAGCCAUUUGGGGAUGCCGGUCAGGGGAUGGAGCCAGCAGAACCUGAAGAACCGCCACAGAUUCUGGACCUGGACCAGUAGAACCACUAAAACUGGAGCUAUCAGUUUACAAACCACAAUAACCUUUUGGCUUAUCAUGGUUCAGCUUUUUAUCUGUAUCCAAAUAAGAAAUAAAAGUUGUCCGUUUACUUAA